AUGGCUGCAUUCUCAUCCGCCCUGAAGGCCUCCUGGCUUAUGUGCCUGGGACUCUUGGUCCUCGCUCUCUUGACGUCAAAGCAGUCUGAGGCCCACAUGGCGAUGCUCUACCCUACUCCUCGUGGUGGAGUCGGCACCAAGGAGUUUGACGGAAAAAUCCACACCUUUAUUGGUUACGAGGGACUCAAGUUUCCUUGCGGCGGAUACGGCAGGGGUCCCAACACCAACCUUAAGGCUGGUCAGGUCGUCCCUGUCCGUUUCUGGACGCCAGAGAUGACGAACUUGAAUUCGUUGCCAAAGAACAAGAUGAGCGAGGCCCGCCACGGAGGUGGACUGUGCGAGUUCUCACUGUCGUACGAUGGUGGAAAGACUUUCCAUGUCAUCGGAUCCUACUCCAAGACCUGCCCUGAUGCUUACUACGAGUGGCCAGUUAGAAUCCCCGACAACAUUCCUUCCUGCAACAGCCCUGGCAAGUGCUUAUUCUCUUGGUCCUGGACCGCAAACCUUGUUCCUCAGUACUACCACAACUGUGCUGAUGUGACCAUCCAGGGCGUCAAGAACGGAAAGUUGCCCUCGAAGAUGAUGCAAGAGUACGACUUCAAGGGCGUGAAGCAGGGCAAGUCCUUCCCUGGCGAUGGUCGCUCCCACGCCCGCGGCACCGGUCCCAUCCAGAGCGAGGUCGCUGCCAACACUCGCAAUUAA